CGUCAAGAGCGGCGUGCUAUGAUUGGUUAAUAGAGACUACCGGAUGUUCUCUUUGGAGUGAGGGCGGAAGUCCCUGUGUAAGGAAGUAGACUUCUAAAAUGGAGAAAGAGGCCCAAUAUUCCACAUUUCUGGAUACUCUUUGCUACGUAAGUGAUCAUAUUGGGUUUUAUGGAACCAUCAAAAAUGCGCCUGUUGACUUUGUUGUAACAGAGAUUGAUGAGUCUGGAGAGUUGGUUACCAGAGACUCCUCUAAAGAAACUGAAAAACAAAUGCAAGCUUGCAGUAAUGAGAUGACGACUGCCCAAAACAAUGUGAAAAAGCAACGCACCAACUUACGAGACCUGCACGACAGCAGUGCAAGUGUUAGUGGUUCCAUCAGUGACUUGUCAGAGGUAGCAAGUGAGGAAAUGAAGGAUUUAACCAGCAAUGCUCUCCACUAUCACUUUAAUGUUAUGGUUCUGGAAUCUUUAAACCUCUUUGCAGAUUCUAUAAAAUCAGCUUGGAAAGCACAACUCUCUGAGGCUGAUCAUCAAGAACUUUCUUUGGGCCUUUUUCCAGAUAAAAGUGAAAGGGCCAACAUACACAGUGCUGUUCGGCAAACAUUCCCUUUUCUCAUAACAUUUACGAAAAGUACAGAGCUUCUGGUUAAACCAAACUUGGAUUACCAAGAACUUUGCCAGCUGACAUCUGAAGAAGAGGCCGAUGAUUUUUUUACAUUCUUAGAUGCAAAAGUCGAAAAUUCUAGAUUUACAUUUCAACCGGACAGCUGUAAAGAACACAGGACCUGUGUACAUCACUUUAUCAAUAAGAAAUUUGGAAAACUCUUAGAAACUAAAUCUUUUUCAGAAAAAGAUGAUAAUGGGUUACAAAUGGCGACCAUAACUGUUCGAUUUAGAGAGAGAAAAUGCCCAUCCGUAAAGAGACACAGAACAGAAGAGGUUGAUAUACACAGUGUGUACACCGCAUUCACUCUUCAAAAAGAAAACUUGGAGACACUGGAAGCCAUAAGCUAUUUGUCGACUUUAUUAGGCAUUCUGCCUUCAGACUUCUCUUAUGCAGGAAUCAAAGAUAAGAAAGCUAUAACGUAUCAGACAAUGGUUGUAAAGAAAGUGUCUCCGGAGAGCUUACGAACAGUUGAAAGCUCAAUCCGAAGAAAAGGAAUGAAAAUGUACAAUAUACACCCUGUAACCCAACCGUUGCGACUUGGCCAGUUGACUGGAAAUCAUUUCAGUAUUGUUGUGAGAGAUGUAUCAAAUCACAGCAAUGACUCUUUAACCGAUGUCCAACUGAGAAUUGAAGAAGCAAUUUGCAACGUGAAGAUGAAUGGUUUUAUAAACUAUUAUGGACCCCAGAGAUUUGGAAAGGGACAGUCUCAUGACAUUGGAUUGUCUUUGCUUAAAGAAGAAAUGGAGAGGGCCGUAAAAUUGCUGUUCACCCCAGAUGCUGCUGAGGAUUCUGUGAAUAAGGCCAAAAAGUAUUUUGUUGAAACAGGGGAUGCCAAAGGAAGUCUUGCACUAAUGCCGAAUUAUAAAGUUCGUGAAAGAAUGCUGCUCCGUGCCCUACAUAGGUAUGGAAUGAACCAUGAAGGCUGUAUCCGUGGAUGGCUCUGUAUCCCACACUCCAUGCGCAUCUUCUACAUCCAUGCUUACUGCAGUAAGGUCUGGAAUGAAGCAGCAUGCUUCAGGGUUAAGUUGUAUGGUGCCAAGGUUGUGGAAGGAGAUUUGGUGAUCCGUGAUCAAAAUGCCAGUGAGAAGUCUUCACUAAGUGAUAGAGUUCAUAUUGUUACAGCAGCAGAAGAGGAGGCUAAAACAUACACCAUGAGUCAAGUUGUUCUCCCAAUGCCUGGACACAGUGUUACGUAUCCCGCUAAUAAGGUUGGACAGUGGUACAGAGAUGCUCUGGCCAAAGAUGGACUACAGACCUGUAAAUUUCGAGUUGGUUCCUUGCAACUAAAUCUCCCUGGAUGCUACAGGCAAAUUUUUAAAUAUCCUCUCAAAUUGGCUUAUGAACUCUCAUUGGGAAGUCAACACGAAGAGAAAGAAAAUACAAUCGGCACAGAAAUUGUAGCUUUACCAAAACCACAUUUAACACUGACAUUGGAUCUCGAGUCUUCAUGUUAUGCAACAGUGUGUCUUAGGGAGAUGAUGAAAUGUAACUUUUGAAACACAGUCUUGAUAUUCUUUGGAUUUUAAUAAACAGAAUACCAUGUUAGACUAAUACAA